AUGCGCGCUAUUUCGGCGAUGCACGCGUCGUCGACGCGACGUCACGGGCGCGCGGCGUGUGCGGGCCCGAGCGUGGGGAAGUGUUCGAGCGACGCGCGUGUGGGCGCGGACGCGCGCGCGCGGCGACGGGAGGCGAUCGAGAGACGCGUCUCGGUCGUCGCGCGCGUCGUGGACCCGCACGAGGCGAUGCGAGCGAUCGGGGACGUUGCCGUGGGCGUGGGGUUACCGUGCACGGUGCAAAACUGCGGCGACCAGAUUUAUCGGAGCACGCUGGACGCCGAGCUUCGUAGGGAGAUCGCGCCGUUGGUGACGCCGAUCGGGGGAUCGAUUUUGGCCGCGUUGACGCUGUACGGGACGUCCACGCCGGGGGUGAUCCCGGGUUUCAUCGAUUUCUUCGCGUUGCGGCCGCUGAAGGAUACGUUACGCAAGCGGUUCUCGUUGGACGACUUCAAGCUCGGAAAGAAGCUCGGUGAGGGUGGUUUUGGGAUCGUUUACGAGGCGACGUACAAGGAUGGAGAGAAAUACGUGCUCAAGCGAGCGACAGAUUACGGCGAGGCGGAGAUUUGGAUGAACGAGCGUCUGCAGAUUGCCUGCCCAGGGGCGUGCGCGGCUUUCGUCUCCGCUUUCGAGGGACCGCCGGUGAAGAAGGGCGAGGAACCCUCGCUCUGGCUCGCUUGGAAGUUUGAAGGGAAAAAAACGUUGUUUCAGCUCAUGCAGGAAAAGAGCUUCCCGUACAACAUCGAGCCGUACAUAUUUAAAGACGGCGUCGCGCCCGGAGGGUUACCGGAGGGCCCAAAGCGCAAAGCCGUCAUCAUCGCGAAGAUAAUGGAUCAAAUCCUCUUAGCGCUCUCUCGAUUACACGGCACGGGCAUCGUUCACCGAGAUGUGAAGCCUGAGAACAUUCUUUUCGACGAAAAGGUGGGCGUGUUCCGUUUCAUCGAUCUGGGUGCCGCCGCGGAUUUGCGUUCGGGGGUCAACUAUUCUCCGAAGGACUUCAUCUUCGAUCCACGGUUCAAGGCACCGGAAGAGUACAUCAUGAGUAAGCAAACCCCCGAAGCGCCGCCGCUUCCCUUAGCGCUAGCGCUCUCCCCUGUACUGUGGCAGCUCAACCUUCCAGAUCGAUUUGACAUGUAUAGCAUGGGGGUCGUGCUGUUGCAGAUGGCCCUGCCAAACUUGAGAAAAGAUGACGACAUCAUCAAGUUUCGCGAGCAACUAGACGCGAAAGAUGACGAUAUUGUCGAGUGGAGAAAUAGCCUUCCGGACCGAGUUAAGCAAAGGUCCGAGGUGAUGGAGGGCUUUCAGAUCCUUGACUUGAACGAUCGUGCCGGUUGGCGUCUGGUUAAGGCGCUCAUGUCGACGAGCGAGCGACGCCCGUCAGCGAUCGGCGCGCGUUUUAGCCCGUUUGUGCGAGGCAAGAGUACACUUCUCGUCGUGGCUGAGAAAUUAUUUCCUCUCCCAGAUGAGGACGCAGAGGAGACGGAUAAUAAAUUGGGCAGGUGGUUGCUUUUCCGUGUCGCUCGAAGUGGCACGAGAGCCGACGGCGGAUUCACCGAAGCACAGCUCAGAGAUUUCGAGGAAGAUGGUGAUCCGGAAGAUUUAGAGACGGCGCGCAAGAACCUUGGCAUGGUGGCCACGGAGACCUUGGCGAGUUACGGCGUGGACAAGCUUGAGCGCACCAUCAGCGAGCAACCCGGACGCAAAGGGCCGCUCCCGCCGCCCGCGCGUGUAGAUCUCACCGAUGUCGGCUCCAAACUCUCGGAUGGAUUCAAUAGUUUUUUCAAGCGCGGCGAGGCAGUAGAGGUGGAUAUUUACGAGGAAGUGCAGAUGGACGAACCGUCGGCGGAAUCUGGCUUCAACGUUCGCAACUUUGGCUCAAAGUUUUCCGAAAGGAUCGACAGCAUGUUCGGCGAGCGCGAGCAGUAA